AUGGGAGCGCAGGUAGAGCUAGUGGGAGCGCAGGUAGAGCAAGCAGUUCAGGAAAUGAGUCACGCAGAGCCAGUGGAGGAGGAAGAAGCCCAAAUAGUUCCGGAAGUAGCAGGAGCAGGAGCAGAGUGGGGGCACCAAUCGACACCAGUGCACUUGCUGCAAUCACAAGCCUUUCCCACUGCUUCUCCACUUGCUGCUUACAGCAGUUCUGAUACAGCUCCUGCCCCUCCAACUCCUCCUCCUGAUGUUGCUGCUGCUAUUCCAGUUGCAGGCUGUUUCCGACCCUUUGGAGGCAAUGUUUCAGUACCCUCAUACUUCGCUGCACCACCCUCGACAUCAGUCCAGCAGGGGAAAAGGCACAAGGCACAGCACGCAGUAACAUUAGGCCACCAACAGCAGCAGCAGCAGCAGCAGCAGCAGCAGCAGCAUGGCCAGUACCAGCAGCAUCAGAUGCUUCAGCAGCACCUGCCUCAGCGGCAAGGAAUCUGUCACACCGUCCCUCUACCACUUCAGGCUCCCCUUCAAGGCGCCAACCAGUAUGAAACGCCCUCUCAUGCCUCCUACACCCAGUUGUUGCAAGGGGCGUUGGAGGGACACGGCGAGCAAGGGAGGUUAGACGUGAGUAGCUCGGGUGACAGUCUGCUGCAUUCCAGUGUGUGGGACAGAGUGGCAGGGGUAACUGCAGCAGCGAUUGGAGGAGGGGACCUGCUGACAUCGCUAGAUGGGUUGGAGCUAGCAGAUUUAGAGGCGCUUCUACUGAAUGUGGAGGGAGAGUUGGAAUUUAUCAGCAGCAGCAUGGUCAGCGAGUUCAGCCAGCCUCACAGCCAGCCUCCUAGUAGCAGCACUGUCUGCACCAUUGAGCCCAUUAGCAGUGGCAUGGCCAUCAGCCAGCCGCACUGA